AUGGCAUCCGUCCCCCCCGUCUACAUUGUCUCUGCCGUGCGAACGCCGGUCGGAUCCUUCCUGGGUUUGAGCGCAACUCAAUUGGGUGGUCUUGCUAUCAAGGCUGCUGUGGAACGAGUCCCUGAAAUCAAGCCCGAGCAGGUUGAUGAGGUCUUCUUUGGCAAUGUCUUGUCUGCAAACCUGGGACAAAAUCCCGCCCGUCAGGCCGCACUUGCUGGAGGUCUACCAGAAGCCACUAUUGCUACCACAGUCAACAAAGUAUGCGCCUCGGGACUCAAAGCAAUCAUCCUCGGAGCUCAGACUAUCAUGACUGGUAAUGCCGAGAUUGUCGUUGCCGGAGGUGCAGAAUCUAUGUCCAACGUUCCUCAUUACCUUCCCACCCUUCGAACUGGAGCGAAAUACGGCGAUCAAACAAUAGUCGAUGGUGUUUUGAAGGAUGGCUUGACUGAUUCUUAUGGCAAGAAGGAGCAUAUGGGUCUGGCAGGAGAAGAAUGUGCUCAAGAGCACAGCAUAACGAGGGAACAACAAGAUGAAUACGCCAUCAAAUCAUACCAGAAAGCUCAAGCAGCUACCGAGGCCGGUUUAUUCAAGACCGAGAUCGUUCCAGUUGAAGUCAGCGGAGGCCGAGGCAAGCCAAAUGUCAAGGUUGAGAAAGAUGAUGAAGUGAAGAACUUGAACAUCGACAAGCUCAAGGCUAUGCGACCAGCUUUCCAGCCUAACGGCGGUACUGUCACUGCACCAAAUGCUGCUCCUAUCAACGAUGGUGCCUCUGCAUUAGUUCUUGUUUCAGAGGCCAAGUUGAAGGAACUUGGUCUUAAGCCCUUGGCCAAGAUCCUCGGAUGGGGAGAUGCUGCACAAAAGCCCAGCAAGUUUACCACUGCUCCAGCAUUAGCCAUCCCUAAAGCUAUGAAGCACGCGAAGAUCGACGCAUCAAGCGUUGAUUACUAUGAGAUCAAUGAGGCUUUCUCUGUCGUUGCACUUGCAAAUAUGAAACUCCUUGGUUUAGAUGAAGCAAAGGUCAAUGUUCAUGGAGGAUCUGUUGCUAUUGGACACCCUCUUGGCUGCUCAGGAGCAAGAAUUGUCACUACUUUGAUCAAUGUUCUACGCGAGAAGAACGGCAAGAUUGGUGUUGCUGGAAUCUGCAAUGGUGGUGGUGGAGCCUCUGCUUUGGUAAUUGAAUCUUUGCAGUAG